ACUUGGCUACCACUCCUUCCACUCUCCCCCAUGCCACCUAUGUUGACCAAGACCACCUCCUUCUCCUCUCUGCCGUCUCUCUGUUUUUCUCUCUCUACCCGAUUCUCUCUCUCCUAUUUUUGCUUGGCCUCCGCUCCUCUUCCCUCCUAUAAAUACCCACCGGUUCAAAAAAGAGAUCCAAUAUAUCUGGACCCUAGCCAAUUAGAGAGAGAGAGAGAGAGAGAGAGAGAGAGAGAGAGAGAGAGCGCAAUGGCGAAACCACAUGCAGUGAUAGUGCCAUACGAAGCACAAGGCCACAUGAACCCAAUGCUCAAAGUGGCCAAACUCCUCUACCAAAAGGGCUUCUACAUAACCUUCGUCAUCAACGAAUCGAACAAGCAGCGGCUCCUCCACGCCCGCGGCCCCGCCGCCCUCGAUGGCCUCCCCAGCUUCCGCUUCGCUGCCAUCUCCGAGGGCCUCCCGGUCCCCGAAGAAGGCACAAUCCAGGACCCAUUCGCCCAAUGCGAAGCCCUCUCGAGGGACACACCACUACCCUUUUUUAAACAGCUGGUCCACGAUCUAAGAUCGUCAGCCGACGUGCCUCCGAUCACGUGCAUAGUAUGCGAUGGACUCAUGACUUUUCCUCUUAAGGUCGCGAAAGAGCUGGAUGUCCCCUGUGCGCUUUUCUGGACCCCGAGUGCUUGUGGGUUCUUGGGCUACUCUUAUUGUCGUAAACUCGUGGAAAAGGGUCUCACGCCAUUUAAAGAUGAGAGUUGUUUAACGAAUGGAUAUCUAGACACUGUUAUAGAAUUUUUACCGGCUAUGGAAGGUAUACGUUUGCGAGAUCUCCCAAGUGUGGUUAGAACCGCUAACCCGGAUGAUUUUUGGCUUAACUUCUCCAUUAACGAGACUGACAAAGCUUGUAAAGGUUCUGCAAUAUUUAUCAACACGAUCGUCGACUUGGAGCGUGGAGCUCUUGACGCGCUUUCGAAGAUGUUUCCUCCAGUAUAUGCAAUAGGCCCUCUUCAGUUACUUGAGAAGAAUCAAAUCCCCCAGAACAGUGAAUUGGAAUCCAUCGCAGUGAAUCUAUGGAAAGAGGAUUUAGAAUGUUUGGAUUGGCUCGAUAAGAAAGAACCCAAGUCAGUUAUUUAUGUUAAUUUUGGCAGCAUGGCUCGGGUGACAGCUCAAGAAUUGCUUGAAUUUGGAUGGGGACUUGCCAACAGCAACCAAAAUUUUAUGUGGGUUAUUAGACCCGAUUUGGUGUUGGGUGAAUCCGCAGCGUUUCCACCUGAAUUUGAGGCUGAAAUCAAAGAAAGGGGUUUGUUGUUAACUUGGGUUGCUCAGGAGAAAAUCCUCUGUCAUCCGUCGGUUGGAGGGUUCUUGACCCAUUGUGGUUGGAAUUCUCUUCUUGAAAGUAUUGUUGGUGGUGUGCCGAUGAUAUGUUGGAGUUUUGGCGGAGAACAGACCACCAACUGUUGGUUCGCUUGCAAGCAUUGGGGACUGGGCUUGGAGAUAACUGAAGUUAAGAGGGCGGAAGUGGAGAGGCUCGUGAGAGAGCUUAUGGUUGGAGAGAGUGGUAAAAAGAUGAAGUCAAAAGCCAUGGAAUGGAAGAAGGUUGUUGAAGAUGCUGUUACUGCUCCAGCCGGAUCAUCUUACAUGAAUUUCGACAACUUGGUUAACGAGGUGCUCCUCUCCAAAUUCCAAAGCCGUUAAAGCUUGCCAUAUUAUAGGCAUUUCCCAUAUCUGCAGAUUCGGCACCUAUUGCUCGAGGCUUUUCUGAUUCUGCCUAGUUAUUAGUAUCUAAUUGCUGUAAAAUGUCAAUGUGCUAUUUUUGUUAAGAGAAAAAGUCUGAAAAAUAAAGGUGGUGAAGUUUUUAUCUU